GUAUCUCUGUACUGUAGAGUAUCUCUGUUCUCUAGUGUAUCUCUAUACAGUAGUGUAUCUCUGUACUGUAGAGUAUCUCUGUACUCUAGUGUAUCUCUAUACUGUAGAGUAUCUCUGUACUCUAGUGUAUCUCUAUACAGUAGUGUAUCUCUGUACUGUAGAGUAUCUCUGUUCUCUAGUGUAUCUCUAUACUGUAGUGUACAGUAUCUCUGUACUGUAGAGUAUCUCUCUACAGUAGUGUAUCUUUGUACUCUGUAGCAUUUCCAUUCAACAAACCGGACCAAACCGGUUCCAGCAUGACUUUGCCUCUGUGCACAAAGAGAGUUUUAUAGAGGCCUGGUGUGUUACAGUUGAAGUGGAAGAGAUGGAGUGUCCUGCACAGAGCCCUGACCUCAACCCCACUCAACACCUUAGGGAUUGAAUUGGAAUGCAGACUGUGCCCCAGGCCUCCUCGCCUGUUGUUCCAGCUCGAUGGUGUUUCUGUGGCUGAAUGAACACAAAUCCCCACAGAUAUGUUCCAGAUUCUAGUGCAAACCCUUCUCAGAAGUGUGGAGCAUCAGAUUCUUCUAAACUAAAGCAGAAAAGGAUAAAGAAAUGCAUGUCAUGGGAACAGCUAGUUUAAGGAAUACACACUGAAUAGCCAAAAGUAUGUGCACCCCUGACCAUCACACCCAUAUCUGCUUGUUGAACAUUACAGAUAAAUUCCCUUUGAUGUUAUUAUGAGUUCCAAUCUUCUGGAAAGGCUUUCCACUAGAUUGUAGAGCGUGGCUGUGAGGAUUUAUGUUCAUUCAGCUACAAGAGCAUUAUUGAGGUUGGGCGAGGAGCCUGGCACACAGUCAGCAUUCCAGUUCACCCAAGUUCAAGUUCGCUUAAUGUUUCCAGCAUACAGAGUACACGAGAAGCAAUGAACUUCUUACUCUACAACAUCACAACCAUACAGUCAACACGAGGUGUGUACUACACACGAGAUUGCAGCAUGGAGAGAGCUUUCACAUGGCUGUGGGAAAGGUAUUAUACAGGGAAGACUGUAUGUAGAAUGAGUGAAAAAAGAUGAUAUCCCUGUAUGGAGGAAAAGAACAUGAUAUAUGUAAGAUGAGCGGUUGUAUAAAAGGUUCAGUCUGGUGGAGAAGACUGGUUCUGGUCCUGCAUCAGGUUCAGUGAUUCUGUUGGAGUUGUGAUGAUGAGUUUUGAUGUUGCCACGCUGUGAUACAUGCCAUCCGUACACUCAGGGAAAUGUCCACCACUGCGCUUGUUCCAAACCUCUUACGUCUCUUCAGAAAGAACAGACGUUGCUGUUGGUGUUUAGAGACUAAAAUAGGGACUCUGACAGCUGAACACCCGGGAAUCUAAAGCUGAUGACGAUUUCCACAGGUGAACCGUUGAUGGUGACAGGAUUAUGGACCCCUCUGGGUGUUUUUUCCCCUGAAGUCCACAAUUAGCUCUUUGGUUGUUGUCAUUCAGAGCUAGAUGGUUAUUGUGGCACCAGGUAGAGAAAUUUCGAGAAUCGCAUUGUCGUUGUUAGUUAUUCCAAAGGUGUCUAGUGGGGUUGAGGUUAGGGCUUUGGGCAGGACAUGCAAGUUCUUUCACACCAAACUCAUCAAAGCAUGUCUUCAUGGAGCUGCUUUGUGCACACGGACAUCGUCAUGCUGGAGCAGGGUGUGGACUCUGAGUUCCAGUGAAGGGAUUAUGAAGCUCCACACAGAGACAGCCUGUAUGCUUGAUUCAGACUUUGUGGUAAAACUUUGGGUGAAGAAACUCAUAUGGGUGUGAUGGUCAGGGGUGCACAUACUUUUGGUCAUAUAGUAUAUAUGAUGGCAGAGAAAACAUUAUUAGUAAAAACAUCCAAAGUUUAAGUGAAUGAAAAGUAAUAUAAUGUUAGGACUGAGUCAGUAUAAUACUUAUAACACAGAAAAUAAGUUUAUUAAAUCACAUAAACUCUAAAAGAUUACUGAGAACUAUUCUAUUUCAUUAUUGAUCUUCAUCAUGACCUUCAUACUUUUCUAUUGUAAAAGAAAUGGCAUUUUUUAAAUCUUUAAAAACGGCUGUUGGGUUUUUCUCAGACUGUUAUAUAUGUACAAAGUUCAGCUACCGCAAUACUCAUAGCAUGGGUUAGAACAAAGAAAUACAGAACCUGGAAAAAACUUCACCUCUAUGGACACGUGUGAUUCUUCUCCAAAUACCUACCACAAAUUGUACAGAAUUCUAUAGAAUUAAGAUCUCUCUUCACUUGAACAAACCGGCCCAAACCUGUUCCAGCAUGACUGUGCUGCUGGGCACAAAGACAGGUUUAGUAAUACAUGGCUCUCCGAGGUUGGUGUGGAAGAAAUAGAGUGUCCUGCACAGAGCCCUGACCUCAACCCCACACAACACCUUUGGGAUUGAAUUGGAAUGCAGACUGCACUCCAGGCCUCCUCGCAUGACGUCAGUGCCCAACCUAAGAGCUAUUGCUCUUGUGGCCGAAUAGGCACAAAUCCCCACAGCCAUGUUCCAGAUUCUGGUGGAAAGUAGAAGAGUAGAGGCUGUUACAGCAGAAAGAACAGAACAAAAUCCAUAUUAAUGCCCAUGGUUCUGGAACCGGAUGUUCAACAAGCUCAUGUAGGUGAUGGUUUAUGUACUCUUGGUCAUAUAAUGUAUAUAAACACUUAGUAAAGUAUUAGUGGGGUAUCAGGUGGCAGUGUGAUGAUGCAACAAGGUGGGGUUUGGCAUCAUAUAGGAAGUAUGAAAAAAAGCUGUUGCACGGGAUUGUACAGAAUGUCUUUGUAUCACAAAUUUCCUUCAGAGGAACAAAGAGACUGGGCCCAAACUUGUUCCAGCAUGACAAUGACAUGUGCAGGAAGCUUCUUUCAUAAAGACAUGGUUGGCCAAGUUUGGAGUAAAAGAAUGCAUAAAGAAAUGAUGUUCUGCUGCAAGUCGUCUUCUGCUUCUUGUGUCCAGUUUCACACACCUCUUGACCUGACCUGCACAAACUCAUCAAGAGAUGGCACUGCUUCAGAAAGGCUUCAGAUAUCUGGAGAAAGCAAGUCUGACCUGUACACAAAAGGAGUGAUGUUCUGUCGCAAGUCAUCUCCUGUUCCUUUUGUCCAGUUUCAUACACCUCUCGACCUGACCUCCACAAACUCGUCGAGAGAUAGUGCUGCUUCAGAAAGGCUUCAGAUAUCUGGAGAGAUUAAAUCUGAGAAGCUUCCUACAGCAAGUUGCAGUCUGAAAGGAGUGAUGUUCUGUCACCAGCCAUCUCCUGUUCCUUUUGUCCAGUUUCAUACACCUCUUGACCUGACCUCCACAAACACAUCGAGAGAUGGUGCUGCUUCAGGAAGGCUUCAGAUAUCUGGAGAGAUUAAAUCUGAGAAGCUUUCCACAGUGAGUUGCAGCAGUCAGUCCGGUACUCCGUUCACCAAGACUAAAAUAGUGUGGAAAAAAAUCCACCAUUGUUCAGUCUGUGGGAAGAGUUUUGCUAGACUGGGAGACCUCCAAAAACACCAGAGAAUUCACACUGGAGAGAAGCCAUUUCAGUGCACACAGUGUGGGAAGAGCUUCACUCAGGAGAGUAAUCUCCAGCAACACCAGCGUGUUCACACCGGAGAAAAGCCGUACCAUUGUACGUGGUGCGGAAAGAGAUUCACGCACCAGCAGAAUUUCCAGACGCAUCAGAGGAUUCACACCGGAGAAAAGCCAUAUCAGUGCUCGGAGUGUGGAAAGAGUUUCACUCGCAAGAACGCCGUACAGCGACACCAGCGCGUUCACACCGGAGAGAAACCGUUCCACUGUAUGCAGUGUGGGAUGCGCUUUAGUGAAAAUUGCACUCUCAAAGAACACCAGCGACUUCACACUGGAGAGAAUCUUUUUCAUUGCUCAGAGUGUGGGAAGACUUUUCAUCAGAAGAAGACUCUACAAGGACAUCAGCGCAUUCACACCGGGGAGAAGCCGUAUUACUGCACGGAGUGUGGGAAGAGUUUCAGCCGGAUGAAUACGCUGCAGCAGCACCACCGCAUUCACACAGGAGAGAGGCCGUUUCACUGUCCGGUGUGUGGACAGACUUUUGCUCAACAGAGUACUCUCCACCGACACCGGCACAUUCACACAGGAGAGAAACCGUAUCAGUGCUCAGUGUGUGGCAAGAGUUUUAAUCGCAAAAACACACUACAGCUCCACCAGCGCCUUCACACAGGAGAGAAGUCCAGCGCUGAGGAGAUUUACUCUGGAACUUCAGAGUAAACUUGUAGCUUGUACAAAAACAGUAUGUUUCUAGCAUAGCUUCCAAGUCACAGUUUUAGCUCGGGUCUGAACCCGAGUGGGAUUCAGCGUCGGUCUGGAUUCAGACUCAUUCGAUUCUAUUGAACCCUGAUGUGUUACAUCAUCACAAACGUUCAUGGAGAACAUGAAUAGAGAACACAAGACGUCUCACCAGACUUUCUGUUUUUCUUAAUUAUUUUGGUGCUAUUAUAUGAAAUCUCACCUCUUCUGUGUCCCACAGCGAUCCUCUGACGCUCUUGGUACACGUAUGUUGUGGAAAUGAAUGAUGUCAUCAGCUAAAACUCAUGCACACGUUACCUCCUGAAAGACUGUGGACCUCAGAAGGAGAUGUGUUCACUUCAUCGAAAUAGCAGCACACUUCAGACCUCCUCUUACAGGAAGUCUCAGGUUCAGUACCGUGUGGCACUUCCUGGUCCACAUGACAGCUUUCACAUUGCCAGUUUUCCAGCCGUUUCCUGAUUAGCUCCACCGAGCUAAAUCUCUGAGUGUUGUGUUAAAGCUCACUUUGUAUACAGUUUAGACCUCCAACAGUUUAUGCUAAUGGGCAGCCAGUGGCUAAAUGGCCCAGAUAUGUGGCACAAAUCCCUGCUGAAGGGAGUGUUCAGUUUGAUUGCACAGAGAAGUAGGAGUUACGGUCAGGAGGGUUUAAAAUGACACAAAAAUAAAGAUUAAAGAGAUGCUUAAAUGUAAAAAUGUUUAAACAGGCAUACCUUGUUUAAAAAGACAAUGACAAAAAAAGGAAAAUUGUGGAGAAAAGCUUAACAAAGCUCAAUAGUUGAACCAGAUUUUGAACCAGGGUUCACGGGUGUAGCUGUGAUCAUCUGGCAGAGAAAUCAGGAGCAGUACCUUCAUGUAGAUCACUGCAUAAUUUCAGCCCACUCUCAUGAGUCUUUAUACAGUCACUCUUUAUAAAGAGUUUAUUGUAUUUUAAUUGGCAGGACACUGAUUUUCAUGCAUAUAUUUUAUCUGGAUUAUUAUGAAUCAGGAAUUCAUUGAAACAUUCAAAUGAAUGUGAGCAAAAAACAAGCUCUAACUGAUGCCUCCUGAAGUCUUCAAUCCUUCAGCUUGUUCUCUGGAAAUCAGAUGAACAUAUGUUGAACUUUAACACAAAGUCAGAAGCAUUUGAGAAGCAAGUUCUGUGGACUGAUCAAGUAAAAAAACCCUUUGUGCACGCAGGUGUGUGUGUGUGUGUGUGUGUGUGUGUGUGUGUGUGUGUGUGUGUGUGUGUGUGUGUGUGUGUGUGUGUGUGUGUGUGUGUGUGUGUGUGUGUGUAUGGAGAGAAACAGGCAGCACUUCUAGCCGUCACACUCUGCAGUGGAUCUGUUAUGUGUUAAGUUUUUAUGGCAGCCAGUGACACAGAAAACAGUGAACUGGUAAAUGGAAGAAAUUCUGGAAGCAAUUCCAGUCAGUCAGAAACAUUCCUCAAAAUCUACCAUCAGCUACUUCAGGAGAUGCAAAAUGAAGCUCCUGGAAUGACCUUCACAGUAUUGUGAACAUGCUGAAUACAUGUGUGUAAAUCUAAAAUAUGUGUGUAGCCCACAAAGCUUUCUGCAGUGAAGAGUGGGAGCAAAGUCAUUACACUAGAAUAAAAAAAGACUUCCAACUGGCUGCAAAAAGAUGUAAGAUAUCUGCCAGUGUUGGUGUCACUAAAUACUUAGUGAUAUUUCAUUUUUUCCAUACUUUUUAAUUUCAUACUA